AUGAACGAUCCUAAGGCCCGUAAGUUUCAGGCCAACAUCACGCAUGAAAAAGCUGUAGCAGAAGGAUUCACUUCAGAAUACUAUCUCAUAUUUUCAGCUUGCGAUUUUAGCGGUAAAGCUGUUGACGCUGAAAAGCCGAUCGUCAUCAGUGAUCGACACAAUUUCCCAGAUGCCGAUGUUCGCGUUGUUGUCGACUCUACAGCAUUCCACAUACACACCGAGCUUCUCAAAAUCCACUCAGACUACUUUCGGGCUUUGUUCAACUGGCCAUGGAUGGAGAGCCACCGAGUGGAUGGGUUUGGUAGGUCGAUCCGAGAGAUUACACUCAAGGACAUCGCGGAUGAAGAAAGCUUCAAACUAUUUCUUGACUGCAUUUACGUGAGAAUAGUCGAAUUCAAUGGGGAGAUAGCUUUGAAGCUUCUUAAUACUUGCGAUCCACUUGGCCUUGUCUUCAAAAAUGAUAUCGAGUUGUACUUCGUCAACCAUCCGGACUUGAUCACCUGGAGCACGAUUGAGGAUCUUGUGCGGGCCGCUACACCGUUGGGUGCUUUACAACAAAGUUGCCAAGAAUUUUUAUCCAAAGUUACGGCCGAGCAUUGGAUCCGAUGCUUAUAUCUUGCCAUGACUCACGGAAUGCAUGACCUGCUUUCGGAUGCGUACCAGGAGAAGUGGCCGCUUCUGCCACUCCUUGACCCAUUUUUCUACCGGCUAUCCGUAGAGGUUCAAAACAAACUUUUAAUCCAUACUGUCAACCGUUUGCUUCGCUGUCCUGGCUGUGGCGGCACAUCUCAAGGUCUUCGGGGAUCAGGAGUCUGGUACUGUGCCUUGUGCGGUUGUUGGUUUGACGCUCCCUAUGUCCUUCCCAAGAGGACAGAGGAGCUAGGUUGAUGCAGACGUGAUAUGUACCAGUUUUGCACCCGCGGCGUAUAUAGGAAUCAUCAAAUUGCGCAAAGGGAGCAUGGCUGGAAUGAACACAAAAAAUUGCUUGAAUGCUUAUGGGGAAUGGUCAAAAGCUUAUGUGAUAUAUUUCAAAGGAAUUCUGUGAAGGUAUUCGGUUACAUGCUAGCGCAUACAUAGAAUAGUGUAGGCAGUAUGAUCAUGUAUGCGAAAUUGAUUGCAAUUACAAGCUUAAUAUGAUCAAGACAGAGAUACCG